GCCUACAAGACAUGGCAACCCAACCUCUCCCUUUAUCAAGAACAGUGAUUUCACAAUUACAAAUGACUCAUGUUGAAGAGAAGAUCAUCAUAGAACAAGUUAAGGAUACACAUAAUCCGACUGGUGGCAUAGAUGUUGAUGCUAAUUGUCUUCUCAAGUUUGUGGACAACAUUUUCAAUUUCAAUACGGUUCGUCGAGAUGCAAUGCAAGACAAGUUACAACUACAAGAACACAUCCAGAAGGAGAUUUCAUUUGUUGUUUUACAACUCUCUUUCGUGAUAGCCUUCACUUCGGUAAGCAAUGAUGAUUGUCACUCAACUGCAAUUUAUCUGCUAAGUUUGUUGUCAAAGUAUAUGUGGCAUGUUAAGGGAGUAAUGUUACUCGCAUGUUUUGCGAUCAUCCGGGGAAAAUUUAAAGUUGCCUCACAAUCAUGCCAUCCGAAAAGACUGCCCUACAACAUGAAUGCUCUACGAAAAAGUCUAAAAUUUAUAGAGAUUAUGGUGAGUAAUGGAAUUAUGAUGUUGAAGAGAUUUGGUGAUGAAAUUAUUGAUGUAAGAUAUGAGGUUGUGAAGGAUAUGGUUAUUUAUAUAUUUUGUCCCAAAGGGUGGUGA